CGCCGUGCCGGAAGUGAGCGGGGUCAGAGGCCGCGGGAACAUGGCGGCGGCCCUGGCGCCCGCGGGCGGCGGCGGCGGCGGCGGCGCGGCGGCUCCGUGAGCUCCUCCCGCCGCGCUGCCCCGUCAGCUCCUCCCGCCGCCGCGCUGCCCCGGCCCAGGCAUGGUCGCCGCGCUGUAGGAGGGCCGGGAGCCGCGGCGAUGGAGGAGAGCGCUUGAGCUUGUCUGCGGAGGCGGUCCGUGUGUGUGAGACGUAUAAAAAGGUCUUGGCUAUACUGAGAAAGUUUUCCCGCUGGCAGUGUUCAGAGAUCAAGGGAGUCAAUCUUCAGCAGACUUCUCUUCAGAUAGACCAUUUCCUCUGAUCACAGCUUGGCAGACCUUCACCCUCCUGCAACAGCACCAGGCCCCUGAAGUGGCUGUAGGAAAUCCUUCUUUUUAAAGGGAAGCUAGCCAUGGUGUCAUGGAAGGGGAUGUACUUUGCACUUGCACUAUUCUUGGGAAGUUUCUUUGGAAGUAUAUUCAUGCUGGGCCCUUUUCUGCCUGUGAUGUUUAUCUCGCCAGCCUGGUACCGCUGGAUCACCGACUGCAUUGUGGCCACUUGGCUCACACUCCCUGUGGCCUUGCUGGAAAUGGUGUGUGGUGCCAAGGUGGUUGUCACUGGCGAUGGAUUUGUUCCUGGAGAAAGGAGUGUCAUUAUCAUGAACCAUCGCACACGAAUGGACUGGAUGUUCCUGUGGAACUGCCUGCUGCGAUACAGCUACCUCAGACUUGAAAAAAUCUGUCUCAAAUCCAGUCUCAAAAGCAUUCCAGGAUUUGGCUGGGCAAUGCAGGUUGCAGCCUUUGUUUUCAUUCAGAGAAAGUGGGAAGAUGACAAGAGCCACUUCGAGAAAAUGCUGGAUUAUUUCUGUGACAUUCAUGAACCACUACAACUCCUCAUCUUUCCAGAGGGAACUGAUCUCACAGACAACACCAAAGCCCGCAGUAAUGAAUUUGCUGAGAAGAAUGGACUUAAAAAAUACGAGUACGUCUUACACCCGCGAACGACCGGAUUCACCUUUGUGGUUGAGCGUCUAAGGGAAGGUGACAACCUCGAUGCUAUCCAUGACAUAACUGUGGCGUACCCCCAAAACAUUCCUCAGACAGAGAAGCACCUUUUGAAAGGAAACUUCCCAAAGGAGAUUCACUUCCACGUCCAGAGAUACCCCAUAGAGACAGUGCCCACUUCCAAGGAGGAGCUGCAGCUUUGGUGCCGGCAGCGCUGGGAAGAGAAAGAGGAGAGACUGCGACACUUCUACGAAGGUGGAAGAUGCUUCAAUGCCACUGGGCAAAGCAUUGUCCCGCCCUGUAAAUCCGAGCUCAGGGUCCUGGCGGUGAAGUGCGCCUCGCUCCUCUACUGGACGGUGUUCCCGCUGGGAAUGCUGGCGCUGCUCUACCUGUACAGCUUUGCACAGUGGUACUUUGCAGCCAUGAUCAUCUUCUUCGUUGUGCAGCAAAAGAUAUUUGGUGGGCUGGAACUCAUUGAACUCGCUUGCCAUCAAUAUUUUAAAAAGCAACAGAAAUUUCACGACACGAAAGUAAAAAUCAAUUAGUUCCAGGGCGAAGGAAGGGUGGUUCUGAGAUGCCCUGCAAAUUUUAUGCACAGGGAACAAUUUUUGCAUGAGAAGUGUCUUUUACUAUCGCCAUUGUUAGACAUUUGCACAUGAUUCUGUGAAGAGAAAGAAAAAUGUUAGUUAUUGCUACACGUGAAAAUGGUAGUUUUUAAUCUCUGAAUGUAAUUUCAACAUUGCUCUCACAAGCAACUAGCAACUGCAUUCUGCUGUCAUUGAGAAACAAAUUGCUGGAUUACUGAACAAUCAUGAGGACAUUAAUAAAUGUGAUGUGCGCUGAAGUUUCAUGUAGAAACCCAAACAGUUCAGCAAAGAGAGGCAGAUGUAUGAUUUCUUUAGAGUGACAUUGGUGUUAAGUAAGCACCGAAUUUGGAAAACUGGUAAGUUUUGAUGGUAGAUGAAAGUCGAAGGAAAAACUGUUCUGUUUCUUUUUUCUAUUUCAAAUAUUCAAACUUAUUUUGUAGUAUUAUUUUUGCAUAAGCUUUUCCAAACACUACUGAACCUACCAAUUAUUCAACUAUUCUGGCUUGGACACUCAGGAGGAUUUUUAAGCCUUGCAGUCUUGUGUCAUACUACAGAAAUCAGUACAGUUCUCACUCUGCCUCCAUUUAAGUGUUUGCUGAUUAUUUAAUAGACCUGUGCAGCUAAAUUUUUAUCUCUCACUCUGUUUCACACUGUUCUAGUCUCCCUGUUAGCUGUGGGAGACUCAUUCCUACUGUAGUGUGCAGAGCUGCAGGAUAGUGGAGCUGGUUUUUUAUUGGUUUAUUGGUAUUUUUUUUUCUCACAGAGGCAAAAAUAGCUGUCUCUGAGUAACUGGAAAAUGUUUUUUAAAAAGGCUUCCUUGUAACCUUGUAGACAUUCUUUGGUUGAAAACAUUUUAUUUAGUUUUCAGAAUAGGCAAGAUACUACUUUUUUUUUUUUUUUCUAGUAUUAAUUUGGGUUUUCACAUUGUUUCCUUUGGCAUUUCAUGUGUCCAUGUACUUAAGCAGGAAGAUUGCUUGUUCUUGUCAGACAGACCUGUUGAAAUGCAAUGGUUCUCUCCUUGGUGGUACAAGAGAUGGGUUUGAGUUUUGUACUUAGCGCAGGGAAGAGCUGCAUCUUCCGUUUGCAUACUGGCUUUGUUUCCUGAUGACAUAAUUACUUUUUCAACCUCCUCCACAACUUUUGGUACUUUCCCUUAUUUUCAUGACAUUCACAAAACCUGAAGGCUUAAACUCAGGCAAGGCACUUUGCCCUUGUCAUAUAUAAUAAAAGUAAUGUUCAUGCUCACCUAGAAAAAGACAAAAACAUUGCCAGCACUUCCUAGAUACUUCAGGUCUUCAGGUUAAAUUGUUUUGCAACCUCCAAAAUUUUAGACAACUUGAACAAUUGUAUUGCUGUAAAACCUUCCUGACUUACUAAAUACUUGUUUUCUAUUGCAUGAGGGCUUGUUUGAGCUGGACCUAGAUGCCCUGGCUCCAUUUGUUGAGUGGCGUGGCCAUGAAAUGUGAAAGUCCAGAGUGCAAAAUGUACCUCGUACUGUGCUGUGUGUCUCAAGUGUUGGGUCAGCAUGGUAGACACACCUGUUUGCUUCUAAAUUACAACACUAAGCAUGUUGUCUAAUGUGUUUAUUUUAAAGACCAUUUUUUGGACAAAUCACCAGCCUCUAUUCAACUGUCCCUUGCAAGGUGACAAGUCUUUUUUAAUCUAUGCUUAUAAUAACUAAUUGUUUAUUAUGUGGAAAGUACUUGAAGCCAUCUGGUUUACUCCAAAUUUUUUAAUCCCUUUUUUCUUAAAAAUAAAUAAAAGUAGGUUUAUAUUUAGGGUUAUAUUGCUUAAUGAGUUUUUCAUGUUUGUAUUUGUGUACCUGACAAGUGGUGUUGCAUUGUCAUGAGUGGAAGGAGGUCUUUUUUUAAAGCAGUUCUGUGAUAUCCCAGGCAUGGUUGCAGCUUAAACUUCCAUAGCCUGUCUUUUCUUCAGCCAAUACCCUGCACAUUCAGGUAACCCACUGCGAAGGAAAACCUAAAAACCUCAUUUGUGGUUAAUGCAGAGGAGACCUAAAAAGCUUCUUCCAGUCUGUCCUGAGCCACGGCUGUGCUUUCAUACAGGAGUAACCAUAGCCAGCCUACUCCAAUAGCCUUAACAUCAUCUUCAGGAAUAACUUCAGAGGACAGGUUCCAUGAGUUGGUGACAUAAAAUACCAGCUACGCUUUUCUCAGUUGCUCAGAGAACUUUGUGGUGUCAUCAGAUGUACCAAGAACAUCAGUGUGAGUCUUGGUCCUGGCACAGUGCAGGAUUUAUGUCUCUGUGUAAUUAAAGUUGGGUUCUGAAAAUGAAGUCAGUGCAAUCCAUCAUUGACCCUUACAAGGGAUUUCCUCCCAGCUGGACCCAACAUGUAAACUACUGUAAUGUGGUAAAAACAUUCUGCAAAAUCUGUAAUUCAUCUUCCUCCCUCAUGUGUUUGGAUCAAAGAGAAAGAAUAAUCUGCUUUUCAGCUGGUAAUGUCACGUUUGCAGUGCCCAACUCCAUGAUGCAGUGUGUGGUAGGUGAAGAGUCCUCCUCUCACAGGGAAGGAUGUUGGCUUUGUGUUUGGUAUAGAUGUUUAGAUUAUGUGCAUCAUUUUUCAGGUCAAUUAGAAAUGCAAGAUGGGAAAAAUGUUGAAUAAAAACUAAAAGUUUUGUGGAUGGAGAAGCUUCAUUGUUUAAAAAGUGAUUAAGGAACUGGGGGAAGAUUUUUCUGUGAAUGCUUUUUUUCCCCUCUGGUGAAAAUGUAGCUUUUUAAUCAAAAGGUUCUGAUAUACAGAUUUCUUGGAGACUACUUUGUUCCUACCCUCUCUCCCUUUUCAAAGAUCACUAAGCUGGCAUUUAAGGACAUGGUUUAGUGAUGGAGUUGGCAUUGCUGGUUUACAGUUAGACUCAGUGAUCUUUUCUCACCUAAAUCAUUCUGUGAUUCUGUGCUGGGUGAAUCACUUGGAAAUUUUUUCAAUGCUGUUGGGAUAAAGGUGCUAGUACUCCAGGAAUCACAUAGCCCUCUUCCAUGGGACAUGGAUUGGCACUGGGUCUCAUCUCACUCAGUGGCAGGUUUGUCCCAGUUCACCUUCUCUUGCAGUCCGAGCAGCUGCCCCUCUGAGCUCUGUCUGCAGGGCCUGCAGGUCUUGUUUGGGAUCAAUGCUGUGCUUUAAGGAUGCUGCUCCCCUUUGUUCAAUCAGAUGUUUCCUCAUCAGCAUCAGGGGGUUUCUUUCUCUCUGCUCAGAACAGAAGGUUGAAAUCCUGCCAUCUCUGCGUGUCAUCAGGCUCAUCUGGGUAGCAGGAUGUCAGACCAAGAUGUUUUUCUCUUGCCUGCAAAGCUGCAAGGCCCAAAGCUGGUCUGUAAGGUGUUGUCUUGAUCAUAGGAAAUGUAGUUCCUAGUUUUGUGCAUUGCAUCAAAUGGUGUUGUUUAAAAAGAAAUGUGUUUUGAUAACUUGAUUUUAUAUGUGCACCGUGUGAAAGGAAACACCAGGACACUACAAACCUACAGAAAGCCUUAGUUUUCAGAUUUCACUGAUGAUAUUAUUAGAAUGUUUUAACCAUGUACCAGUUACUCUACAGCAACAAUAAAGACCUGAAGCAUU